AUUGACGGAUGAAAAGUCCAAAAAAAAAUGCGAAACAAUUUUUUUUUAGAAAAUAGUGAUUUGAUAUUUAUAGAAAAUAUUGAUUUGAUCCUCUGAUAAAUGUUUUACAAAAUUGGAUUUUAUUAUUUUGCGCAAGAAUUGUCAUAAGCUUAGAUUUUCAGGCAAAAAAUGAAAAUAGUUAGCCUUUAAUAUUUGAACAAGAAUAAAAUGACUGAAGUUGAAAAACGUUACCAAAGUUUAGCUGAAAAACUACUGAAACCAACUAAUGAGCUCUACGUUGAGGGACUACUAGAUACUGUGACAUCAUUGUACUAUGAGUGCACAUCGUCUCAUAUCCGGAAUGAGAAAAAUUUUGAAAACUUUAUGAAGCGAUAUGCUGCUGCUGCAGAGGAAAUUACAAAAUCUCGCAUUAAUAUAAAAGAUUUUAAUGAGAUAAAAGUUUUAGGUCAAGGUGCAUUUGGUGAAGUUAAGCUGAUGCGUCAUAAAGAUACCAAACAACUAUAUGCAAUGAAACUUCUCAGUAAAUUUGAAAUGCUUAAAAAGUCUGAAGUUGCUUUUUUCUGGGAGGAGCGAGACAUUAUGGCACAUGCAAAUUCUGAAUGGAUUAUGGCGAUUCAUUAUGCUUUUCAAGAUGAUAAAUAUUUAUACAUGGCUAUGGAUUAUAUGCCAGGUGGAGAUUUUGUUAGUCUGUUGUCUAAUUAUGAUAUUCCUGAAGAUUGGGCUGCAUUUUACAUAGCAGAAUUAGUGUUAGCUAUUGAUGCUCUUCAUAAGUAUGGCUAUGUUCACAGAGACAUAAAACCAGACAACAUGCUGUUAGAUAAAAAUGGUCAUUUAAAAUUAGCAGAUUUUGGUACGUGUAUACGGAUGGAUAAAGAUGGUUUAGUACACUCUGACACUGCUGUUGGCACUACUGAUUACCUUUCGCCUGAGGUUUUACUUACUGAACGUCAUGGUCAUGGUGUUUAUGGACGUGAAUGUGAUUACUGGGCUGUUGGUGUAGUUUUAUAUGAACUUCUUGUUGGUGAUCCACCUUUUCUUGAUCAAUCCUAUUCUGGUACAUAUGAAAAAAUCUUGAAUCAUAAAAAUUCUCUUCAAUUUCCAACUGACAUUGAAAUAAAGAGUGAUUGCAAAAAAGUUAUAUGUGGAUUUUUAACAACAAGAGAACAUCGGCUUGGUAGAAACGGGAUAGACGAAAUUAAAAGUUAUAAGUUUUUUCAAAGAGAAGAUUGGAACUGGGAUAAUAUACGAAGCAAUGUUGCCAAGUUCACACCUGAUUUAGAUAGUGAUAUUGAUACCAGAAAUUUUGAUGAUUUUUCUGAUCUAGAAAAAAAAAAUACUGAUACAUUUGAAUUAUCAAAGGUUUUUACAGGAAAUCAUUUGCCAUUCAUUGGUUAUACUUAUUCAAAACAUAACAGAUUAAUUGGAGGAAAUCAGGGAACAUCUGAAGAGAAUAAUAGUAAGGUCCAAAGUUUAUUAACUAAAAUCCGAGAAGUUGAAAAUCAAUUAAAAAACGAAAAAAAUGCUAAAGAUGAAUCAGAAAAAGUUUUAAAAAAUUUGAAAAAUAAGACACAGAAAUUAACCAGUGAUUGGGAAGCAGAGGUGGAAUUACGCAAAAAUGGGGAAAUAAAAAUACGAGACUUAGAAAGAGCAGCUGCACUAUAUAAACAUGACAUAAAAGAAAUACAACGUAAAUUAGAUGUUGAAACAGACACUAAAAAAAAAUUUGAAGCAAAGUUUCAAGAAUUGCAAGCUAAGUUAGAUAGCGAAUCAUCUACUAAAGAAGACAGCAAUAAAUUACAAAAAAAAUUAAUUAUAGCAGAAAGAGAAAACAAUGACUUGAAGGAAAAGUUAAGGUUAGAAACAGAGGGAAAUAUAAAAUGGAAAAAAAUUGAGAACGAUUAUCGAAAAGCCCAAGCUGUUGCAGAUCAUGCCUUUAAAGAACUUUUUGAAAAAAAUAAACAGUUAGGAAUUGCUAAGAGUGAUAUAGAAAAAGAGUUAAUGAAAGUGCAAGCUGCUCUGCAAGCUGAAACAACUGCUCUUAAACAGGCAAAUGAUCAAUGUCGAGACAUUGAAAAACAAAAUGCUUUAUUGAAAGAUGAAGUUGAUCAAUUAAGAACAAAAUAUAAAAGUGAUGCCAAUGCCAUGCAAAAAUUACAAGAUGAACUUAUUGCUGUUGAAAAAUCAAAAGCUAGUAUUGCGUUUGAGCUUAAACAGUUAAAAGUUAAAUAUGAAAUGGAGAAAACAAACUUUACAAAUCGACUGCCAAAAGAGACAGAUGUAAAAAAAAAGCUAUCAGAAGUUCAAAUAUUGGAAAAAGAGAUUGGUGAUAUACAAAAAGAGCGAGAAGAAAGGAUUCGAAUUGAAUCAAAAGCCGCAAAUCUUGAGCGUCUAAUUAAUGACUUACAAUUAGAUUUAAAAAAUAUUAAACAAAAAAAUGUAAGAUUAGAAGAAGAAUAUCAAGCAAGUCAAAAUAAAAUUGACAGUUUGAAUAGCUUGAUGAAAGAUGAAAAUGCAAAUCGUAAUGAUAUUCAGAAUAAACUUAAUACAGUAAUAAGUGAAUUAACAGCACAGAAAACUAAAGAACAACAACUAAAGUCUGAUCUUGAUCGAACUCUUGAUGAAAAGAAACAAAUACAAGAAGCAUACAACAAGUUAAAAAAUGCUUCUGCAGCAGAUAAUAUUCAAAUAAAAGAAUUGCAAAAUCAACUGGAGGCUGAGCAAUACUUUUCUAAUCUUUAUAAAACACAAGUGCGAGAGCUAAAUGAGCAAGUUGAUGAACAACGUAAACAGUCACAUGAUCUUCAAAAUGAUCUUCAAAUGUCACAGGAAGAUCGAGCUUCUCUUUCAGCUCAACUUGAAUUAGCAAUAGCAAAAGCUGAAUCAGAAGAUUUAGCAAGAUCAAUUGCAGAGGAGCAAAUUUAUGAUCUUGAAAAAGAAAAGACAAUGCUUGAACUUGAAGUUAAAGAUUUACUUGCCAAAAAUAAGGCUGAUAGUUUUGAAAAGUUCAAAAAGUUGCAAGAGGCUGAUGAAAAAAUUAGAGUACUAGAAACUGAACUUCAAAAUGAAGUUCGCAAAAGAAUUGAAAGUAUUGAACAGAUUAAAACUGAUAUUGUGGAAAAAAAACAAAACGAGGAAAUUGAGGCGUUGAAAAAAGCUGUCAAGCAAGAGCAAACUUUAAAGAUACAAGCAGUUAACAAGCUAGCAGAAAAGAUGUCAGAAAGAAAAGAAAUUUCUUCAAAAGGAAAAGGUAACAAAGUAACUUCAGCAGAGUUGAAGAAAAAAGAAAAAGAAAACAAAAGACUUCAAUUGUUACUAGAGCAGGAAAAAAAUAAGUACCAAAUUACAUUUACCAAACAUCAAGGUCAAAACAGUGAAUUAAAUAAAGAAUUGGAGAAGCAGAAAGAAGCAUUAACUAAAGUUAUGAUGGAAUUAGAAUCCAAAGGCAUGGUUAUUGAACAGUUACAAGAAGAUAACAAGAAUUUAAAUACAGAAAUAGAAAACUUGAGAGCUUUAGUUCCAGUAGGUACAAAUAGCAGCAUACUUCAUCCAGCAAAUAUGAAGUUAGAAGGUUGGUUAUCUAUUCCAGAAAGGAGAGUUAAAAAAAAUAUGUUAUGGAAGAAACAAUAUGUUGUUGUGAGUCAGCAAAAAAUAUUUUUCUUUAACAAUGAACAAGACAAAGCAACAAACACACCAGCUAUGAUCUUAGACAUUGGAAAACUUUUUCAUGUUCGAUCAGUGACACAAGGCGAUGUAAUAAGAGUUGAUGUAAAAGACAUACCCAAAAUAUUUCAGAUUUUGUAUGCCAAUGAAGGUGAAAGUAAAAAUCCUGAGGAAAAAACAGAACAAGACCAAUUGGAGCAAGAUAAAGCUGCUGUCGUCAUUCCAUUUAAAGAUCAUCAGUUUGUUGUCAUGCACUAUCAUAUGCCAAAUGCAUGUGAUAUGUGUCAAAGACAGAUGUGGCAUAUGAUUAAACCACCAUUAGCUGUAGAAUGUCGAAGGUGUCGUGUAAAAUGUCAUAAGGAUCACGUAGAUGAAGAAGAAGAUGUGAUACAACCAUGCAAAGUAACUGUUGAUCUUGCUACUGCAAAAGAUUUACUAAUACUUGCUAAUGAUGUUGAUGAGCAAAAAAAUGGGUACAAGAACUAUCUAAAAAAAUUAUUCGCAAAGGUGUUGGAGCCUUAAAAAAGAACAGUGAUGCCACUACUAAUGUAAUGCCUCGAAACCAUUCUAAAUCCUUCAAUGGGAAA